GAUUAACACAUCUGUUUAUUAUCCUCUGUCUGUGUGUGUCUGUCUCUCAUUCCCUCUCUUUCCCUAGCUUCUCAUUUAGCUAUACAUUGUGCAUAUGUUUUUCAGAGGAAGUACCUUUUAUUCUUUAUUUGACAUAUGUUAUGUAUGUUAUGUUAAAAAAAAAUCUCCAUCUCCGUCUUUCUUCCCUUGUGUGUGAGAGUGUAAGAUAGACAGAGAGAGAGAGAGACCAAGAAGUGGCAACACAGGGGAGUGGAGACUGCUGGAGAUCUGGCCAUACAUUUUCUGGUUGAUUAGCUGACCUGACCCUGCCUGGGAUGACUUCUUUUCUUGGAAUAUCAUGAACAAACAGAACAGACAGAACGGUUAUAUAAUGUGGUGAGUUAAAUGCACCAGUGAACGCACUGUAGAUUUUCCAGUGGCAAUUCUUUGACAGCCUCUGAUUAACCUUGAAUUACGGCCACCGACUCACGCAAAAGUUACAUUUGCAUCACUAUCACCACCAUGAAUGGUAUUGUUCAAACUGACUUUGUGUAAAAAAAAAAUCCUCGAAAUAAAUGUCUCAUUCAUCUUGGGAUAAAGCGUGAAGUAGCCAGGUCUGUUUUGCUGGGUUAGGUUGAAUUCCAGGAAAGACUAUAAAUCUGAUUCAGCGUAGAGAGAAGGCGAGCACCAACCCCUCUCUUACGUCGAACUCGCCGUAUCCAAGUCCGUAACUACAAACCUCAUCAAACAACAUGGCGCCAGCAUGCAGCUGGCCUGCACAUACGAACGCCAGGGCACUUUUUUUCUAUAGAACAUUAGCGGACAAGUAACUAUUGUAACGCAGCAUCGCGCAGACUACACGAACUUUUUUCGUCUUGUUGAACGACGACGGAUUUGUCCUCCGAGCGCACAGCAUCCGGAUCAACUUACAAGAAGUGCUACUUUGGAAAACUCACCUGCUUAGGCUACUAUAAAGAACACAUCGUUCUGAAUUUGCGUUUCUUGAACCGUUAUGCAUCACUCAAGCAGUGCCUUGAUGAAAUUCAAAGUGAAGUGAGACGACUUGGUUUUCUGUAUACACAUAUAAAGCGUACUCGUAUAUACUUUUUGGGGGGAAAAUGCCAAGUGACUGCGUUCGACAUAAGACAUUUGAAAGGACGAAAUGCAUCUAAACAUGAGUGAGAACAACUCCCCAGUGGACGACAGGGAACGAGACAGGCUUCCGCCUAUUUUUAAUCAUGGUUUGGAGCGUGGAUCCAAGCAGCCGUGUGCCUCCUAUGGAAACUUCUUCUCCUCCGUGAGUCAGAAGAGAGAAGCAGCUGGCCACGGGCUGUCUCUGCCCAUCAUCCUACCAGCCAUCAGACACGCGAGAGGACCCCGUCUGAUCUGUGCGGGCGUCAAGCAGAAGCAUCGCAUCUCCCUGGACAUUCUGCCCCCCGAAGUUAGAGCCCGCUUCGCCUGCGACCCCAUCAUCCCUCUACGCACCAAAACAACCAAAGAGUUUCAGGAAGAUAUCGAGAAGGCCACCUUCUCAGGUGACUGGAAGCACGUCCAUGAAUUUUACUUGACCACGUUCGACUCCUUUUUGGAACUCAAUGCUGCCUUUAAGAAAGAGGCGAACGCUCCGUUUAACACAACCGAAGACUCAGGAAUUAACACCAAAUUUGUCAACGCUGUUUACGAUGCCAUACUCCACACACCGCCUGAAACACAGAAGGCUGUGUUAAAGGGGAUCAUUAAUAGCUUAUUAAGAGAAUGGAAAGGGCCCCGGACAAAAGAUGACCUGCGGGCCUAUUUUGUUCUCGUUCAGAACCCGCAGUACACCAGCACAGCCACGUACGUCAUCUUCGCACACUUACUGCGAAAGAUCAGCAGCCUAGCAGAAGCUGACCACCAUUUCCUCAUGCACUGGUUCAAGAAGCUCUCUCCGAAGCGCUUCAAGCAGCUGGUGGAGCGUCUGCAGCUCUUCAUCAGCACGCGGCUCUUCCCCGCCCGGCCCGAGGAGCUGCCGCCCAUGGCCAAGUGCUCCUGGUGGAUCCCCUCCGCCACCAAGGUGCUCUCCCUGCUCAACGCAGCCAACAGCAUUGCCACGGCAGCCAUCCUCCCUUUCACCGACUUCUAUAACCUCACCCUGGACCACACCGACUUCAUGGAGGACUACCGUACCUGGCAGACACACGGCAACUCCAACAGGUUCACCUUCUGCCAGUUUCCCUUCAUCCUCUCUGCCGUGGUGAAGAAAGCCAUCCUCCAGAGGGACUCCGAGCAGCAGAUGAUCAGCAUGGCCAGGCAAACACUAGUGGAUAAGGUCUCUCGCAGACAGAGAGUGGACAUGAGUCUGCUCUUCCUCAACAUUAAAGUCAGACGUCUGCAGCUGGUCAGCGACUCUCUGGAUGAGCUCGCAAGGAAGCGGGCGGACCUGAAGAAAAAACUGAAAGUGACGUUUGUUGGCGAGGCGGGCCUGGACAUGGGCGGCUUGACAAAGGAGUGGUUUCUCCUCCUGAUUCGACAGAUUUUUCACACAGACUACGGUAUGUUUACGUACAUCAAGGAGUCCCAGUAUCACUGGUUCAGCAGCUGGAACUGUGACAACUGCUCCGAGUUUCGCCUGGUUGGAUCGCUGAUGGGCCUGGCCCUGUACAACAGCAUCACGCUGGACAUCCGCUUCCCCCUCUGCGUCUACAAGAAGCUGCUCAGCCCGCCCAUCGUGCCCUGCGACCCCGACGCCCCCGUGGGCACGGCCCCACUCACCCUGGAUGACCUGCAGCAGAUCAUGCCGGAUCUUGCCCACGGUCUGGCAGAGCUCCUGAGCUACGAGGGCAAUGUAGAGGAAGACUUCUACACCACGUUCCAGGUUUUUCAGGAAGAGAUGGGAGUAAUCAAGGCGUAUAAUCUCAAACCCAGCGGCGAUAAGAUUCCUGUCACCAACCUGAACAGAAAAGAGUACGUCCAGCUGUACAUUGAUUUCCUGCUGAAUAAGUCCAUUGAGAAGCCCUUCGCUGCCUUUUACCACGGCUUCCACAGUGUGUGUGCCUCCGACGCCAUUAUGCUUCUGAGGCCAGAGGAAGUGGAGGUCCUGGUGUGUGGCAGUCCCCACCUGGACAUGGUUUCUCUGCAGAGGGUGGCUCAGUACGAGGGCUACAGCAAGACGGACCCCACCAUCCGAGCAUUCUGGGACGUGGUCCUGGUGUUCCCCCUGGAGCUGCAGAAACGCCUCCUCCACUUCUGCACCGGAAGUGACCGCGUUCCCGUGGGAGGCAUGGCCGACCUCAACUUCAAGAUAACCAAGAAUGAUGUUUCCACUGACUGGCUGCCGGUGUCCCACACGUGUUUCAACCAGAUCGGCCUACCUCCGUACAAGAGCAAGAAAGAACUAAGACAAAAAUUAACCAUCGCCAUCUCCAAUGCCGAGGGCUUUGGCCUGGAGUGAAUCUGAAGGUCAUAGAAGAUCAACGUCAGACGAUCAUCAGCCCCUUCUUUUAACUCGUUAACACAGACUAAGUGUUACAGAUUUGGUCCUUUCAGAAAGAAAAAUAUGUUUAACACAAAAGGUGGCAUGCCCAAGAGGACGCUGGGAGAAGCUCCAGUUACAUUUCCACUCUCAUGAGUUCACACGAGAGGUUUUCUUUUUUUACUUUUUAACCGACCUCUGUAAAACCAGCAUUUCUUCAGGAGUAAUUUUCUCUGGCAAUCAAUUCUUUUUUAGACUGUAUUGUUGCAUAUGCCAUUGACCUAGCCAUGGUGCAUCAUUGUUUUUGCAUUGAUACUUAAAUUUGCUUAAGUUUUAAGCAGAGCACAAAAUUAUCCAAAAAAAGUAUUAUUUAACACCUGACAUUUGCGGCAGAUGUGUUGGUCAUGUAACAAGGAAAUAGAGACUGUGCUCACACAGUGAGGUGCUGUCAGUUGUAUAGUUAAAGCUCAAAAGGAAUCUAGGUCAGGACAGGGUAGGUCUGGGUAAAUAAUAACCUCGCUAACAAUCGGUCAGCCUGAAGCUGCCUGUGUUUCUUAAAGGGACAUGGCACAUUUUCUCUAUGCACCUUUGAACAGCCUUAUCCAGGGGCUGGUGUUGGCUAUUGGACACAUAAAUUGUCCUUUAAAUGUCAUCGUUUGUGUCCUCGUGUCCAUAUGAGCAAAUGAAGAAAUAUAAAGCAUUUAUUUCUUUUAAGUAUUUUUAAGGGACCAAGAGAUUUUGUUGCUUGCUGCCUGCUCUUGUUGAACUUGAAGUUGACGACCUUUUAGGACGUUAAGCCUGAAGGAAUUUUUUUUUGUUGUUGUUUUUUUGUUUUGUUUUGAUGUCUUUUUUGAGUUUGUGCUUGUUCUGUUUCUGCUAUGUGAAGUUUGCGCCGCGGGACCUGCCGGUGGCUUCUGUCAAGUCGAGUCUGGCACUGCCACCACCACUGCCAUGCCUCGGUGACACACAGAUCAUCCAACCCUUGACUGACAGAUCACCCCUCUGAUCUUUCUAGUCAAGCAGGUGGGCAGAAAGGUCUGUGGGGUUUUGCGAUGACAUUGUCCUGACCUGACUUAAUGUGUCAGGUGACUGUUCAAGUGUAGGCUGUGAGUCACUGAGGAAAGGCCGUGCUCACAGGAACUUCGGUACUUCAGUGGAGAUACGUGCAGUUCACACACCAGAGCCUGAUAGCUCUAUAGAGUUCUAUAUUGAUAACUAUUGAUAACUAGCCUCGGCUUUGCACAUAUAAGCUGACCCCAUGGACCCUUCAUUUCAGUGCCGUGCUUAUGAUUUAUCUCUGGUUCCACGUCACUGUGGCGAUUGUACCCGACAUGAACUGUGCCCAGUGAAAGAGGCCUUGUCGAGUCAGCCUGGCUUAACAUAGAGGACCGAAUACAGUUGUAUUUGCCAUGUAUUUAUUGUUGAUGUGAACGCCUUUUAAAAAAUGCCCAUUAAAAGUGCUUUGCAGUGCAAA